AUGAUUUCUGAUGUCAACUCAAGCACAUCGCUAAACUAUUCGCUCAAUCAGUUUUGCAAAGAUAUUGCCAAUGGAAAAUACUAUGUUCUUUCGAUAAAUCUGCAAGAAAAUGGAAAUAUAAUAGCUGCGUUGCAGCUAGAGUUGCACAACUUCAAGGACAAAAGUAAUUCAGUCAUGUCAAACAAAUCUAUAGAGAACUUUAUUGAAAAACAAAAUUUCAAGUUCGAAGGAAGAAGCUGGGCGAGGUUUAAUAUCAUGCUUGUAUCAUUUUUAGGUUUUUGCAGAGAUGUUAAUCCGUGGUCUAUAUGGGACAGUUGCGAUUUGAUCUUUCAGUUUUAUCAAGAUUUCAACAAUUGUCUGAUCAACGACAGCUAUCCACUAGAUCCAUUAGUACCAAUAUUUCGAAACAUGACCGAAUAUGUGUUGCCAAUUGCAUCGAAACUCGAUGCAAAUUGUUUGCGUAUUGGUACAAAAAAGAAUCAAUUCCUUUCAUUUGCAUCAUCUGUUAUUUCGAAGCUGUUCAAUAGUGUUAAACCAUCCAGAACAAAUGAUGGUAAUGUGAUCCAAAGCGGCGAUUUGAUAGAUUUUCCCCAAAAACAAAAGAUCCUCUUAUAUUUGGUUAAUAAACUGAACAAUAUAUACUUCAGAAUUGAUUCGCCGCAGCUAUGCUUCAAUGUUUUCAAGAACUUCAAGCCAAAGAGUAUGAUAACUGAGUUCGGUGUAUAUCCAAUUAAAGAGCAGAUAGAAUACAAGUACCUUUUGGGGAGAUACUAUCUUUUAAACGGUAGAGUUAUUAAUGCAUUUGUUCAAUUGAAUGACGCCUAUACUCGACUGAGAAAUUUAUGUGAUAAAUGUAACCUGUAUGGGCAUGAUCAAGUACGAAGAAACUUACUUAGGAUAUUGAGAUAUCUUAUACCAACCGGCUUAAUGAUAGGCAAAUUGCCAAAAUUUGAAAUGAUCACACAAAUAGAUGUGUCAUUAUCAGACAAAUAUGCUAAUUUGAGUCAAACUCUAAAAACAGGUAAUGUCAAGGGUCUCAAUAUCUGGUUAAAGUCACAUGAGAGAGAACUGUGCGAGAGACAUCUGUUGGUGAUACAAUUGGAAAAGUUGCCAAUGAUAUGUUAUCGUAAUCUUGUCCGGUCAAUCGUGAGGCAGUGCAUCAUACCGCAAAAUUCAGGCAAAAUACCGUAUUCAACAGUCCACGACGCCCUGAAAAUUUCCAUAGGCGAUCCUUCUAAUGACAGUGAUGAGCACUUUGAUAUAUACAACGGGAUACAUCGUUCCCGAAAUGUGGAAAACGUCCUGGUGACCCUAAUCAAUCUGGGGUUCUUGAGAGGUAAUUGCUUCCCGCAGCUAAAAUUAUGUGUCGUCAAGAAAACUGCAUUGAUUCAAGAAGUGCUGCCAUCCAUUGAAGGAAGGAUAUUGAGCUCGUUCGCACUCAACGACGAUGAUUCAUGGCUAAAUGAUUAG